AUGACGACAGAAUCUCUUCCCAAUUUCGGUGUUGAAUUGACCGCUUCGAGCCGCAAGAGAAAGCCGUCGCCUCCCAGCCUCAGCAGUCCGCCUUCGCCUUCUGCACCUUCAGCUCCUCUCAAGAGCCCACCCGGUGAUACACCAUCCAAAACUGAUAAAAGAAAGAAUAAAAAAUUGAAAAAGGCAGAGACAAAGGCACAGAACGACAAGCCACCUUCGUUAUCGUUUGCUGGUGGAGAGCUUCGGAAGCGCAAGGGCCCGAUAUCAGUCGAGGAAGUUCGGGAUGUUUUUCUGCACCUUUUUGGAGAUGGUGCACCUACUAAAUUUCUUGUGAUAGAGAAUCCUCGCAGUAUCCUUCGAGCUGUACUCCUAUUGGUGCCUGGUAUCAGUCCAGAAGCUGUUGGUGCAGUCGAUCCCCCCUAUGGCUCCGCCUACCCCAUAGCUAUCGGCGCCACUGGGGCCUCUAAAAUCCCAUCGAUCAAUAGCUGUUAUUCACAUGCCUGCCCAACACGAGCUACCGGAGAGCUUACCAAAAUGCAUUCGGUCUUGACCACUUUGCUUCAGUCACCUAUAUCUUCCGAGCAGAAACGUAAGCGUCUUUUGGAACGCCAGCAACAAAAAUUCAGUAACGACGAUCCUAGCAUGUAUCUACUGGAUACCCCAGGCAUGUUGGAUAAUGGCUAUCCUGUACCGUCGUAUUUGGGCGAAGGUCUUAGCGCAAAUCCAGAAUCUGUCCGCGCAACGAGUUCAUGGCCUGUAGCUGCGCCCACGCCUCAGACGAGAGAGAAUGGUUGGGUCGAGACCCCCCAAACGACUAGAGAUGGGGCACUGAAAGCAGUCGCAAUAGAUUGCGAGAUGUGCGAAACAGAGGACGGAAAGGUGCUUGCCCGCGUCUGUGCGGUGGAUUUUUACUCGGAUAAAGUAGUUUACGAUCAGUUGGUCUUGCCGGACAAACCCGUCAUCGACUAUCUAACCCAGUUUUCUGGUAUCACAGCGGAACAACUCGCGUCUGUAACCCAUAAGCUUCCAGAUGCUCAAGCGGGAUUAUUGGAGCUGAUAGACAAGGACACGAUUAUUAUCGGGCAUUCGCUUGAAAACGAUCUACGUGCUUUGAAACUCGCCCAUCCGAGAUGUAUCGAUACAUCAAUCAUUUACAAGCACCCGCGUGGAGCUCCGUAUAAACCCGGUCUGAAAUGGUUGGCACAAAAAUGGUUGAAUCUAGAUAUACAGAUGAAGCAGGGUGGUCAUGAUCCUGAAGAGGACGCCCGUGCGUGUCUUGCCUUACUUGCGAAGAAAUUAAAAGAGGGACCUGAUUUUGGCGUGUUUAAACAAGAUGUCGAAUCCAUAUUUGAGCGGCUAUCUAAAUCGAACGGUCGGCAUGGAAAGGGAUCCACUUCAGCCGUAAUCGACCAUGGGAACCCACGGGCAUGGCAUGGAGCAAAAGCGACUUCUGCUGUAUCUUGUCAAACUGAUGAUCAGGUGGUGACCGGAGUUAUCGAUGCGGCUCGGAAUCAUGACUUUGUUUUCGGGCGGUUACUGGAGCUUUCACAAGCCCUUGGGUGGACAACCCCUCGCACCCAGCCGAACGCAAGUGCAAGUCCUGCUCCAACGCCAACGCCUACCGAGCCAGACCCAUCGACUCUUGAAUCGGCCUAUGCAGAUCUAAACUCCCGAAUCACCACAAUCCAUAAAUCUCUUCCUGCGGGAACAGUCUUGUGCAUCAUGUCAGGCAACGGGGAUCCUCGCCAAAUGUCUGCCCUCAAUAUGAAAAAGUCGCGCUGGGACGGGAUGAUGAGGGAGGGUAAGCGGCCAGAGGAUAUUCCCCAGGCCGAGUGGUGGACCAUGGAACAAGGCCGGCUUUUGGAGGAUGCGACCGAACGGGCAAAACGGGGUUUGGCGUUCUUCUGUCUAAGACUACAUGUGGAAGUGCGAGGGGCAGACGACGAAGCUGUAGAUUUUGACCUUGUUGGAGUGGACGCCUCGAUAGCCAACGCAUUCAGAAGGAUAUUAAUAGCCGAGGUGCCAACUGUUGCAAUCGAGAAUGUAUAUAUUUGGAACAACACCUCGGUCAUUCAAGAUGAAGUCCUGGCACAUAGACUGGGAUUAGUGCCUAUUCGUGCAGAUCCUGCGUUGUUAGAUUUUCCUGACAGUGCUGUGGGACCAACAGAUCGAAAUACACUUGUCUUCAAGUUGAGUGUCACCUGUUCGCGGAACCCAGGUGUACCAAAGGACGAGACCGAUCCGGCUGUUUUAUACAAGAAUGCCAACGUGCUAUCGGGUCAUAUGGAAUGGAAUGGCGUUGGUGAACAAGUCAAUGAUUUCGGGAAUAAUCCGCCUCGACCACAUAAUCCCAAGAUUCUUCUUGCCAAGCUCCGACCUGGUCAGGAACUUGAAAUGGAACUGCACUGUGUGAAAGGUGUUGGCCAGGACCAUGCGAAAUUCUCGCCAGUUGCCACUGCUUCAUACCGCCUUAUGCCCCACGUCAUUUUCCGACAACCCAUUCCUCCUCACUUGUGCGACAAAUUUGUCUCGUGUUUCCCUUCUGGCGUAUUUGCUGUGGAGCAAGGUGCCAAUGGCCAAAAGAAAGUUGUUGCAAAGGAUAUGAGGAAGGAUACGGUCUCGAGAGAGGUCUUGAGGCAUAAAGAGUUCGAAGGGAUGAUUGAGUUGACAAGAAUACGGGAUUUCUUCAUGUUCCGAAUUGAAUCUUCAGGAAGCAUACCAGCACCCAACCUGAUGCCAAUGGCUGUUGAUGUGAUGAGACAGAAGAUAUCAAAAUUAAAGGCUGCGGCUGAAAAUCUUUAUGUUAACCGUGAUGCAUAG